CCCAUUUCUUGUUGUCUGCAAGUGCUGAUAAUAAUAUUAAUAAAAUCAGGUAGAAAGAAAGACGAAAACGCAUGACAGGCUGCAGACCAACACGAAUAAUCCACAUCAGUAUCACGUUUCCUCAACGUCCUUCCCUUUAUUGUCGCUUUUCACGCCUCCCGUUGAUCAAAUCCGAUGCUGGGAUGAGAAUCCCGUCUCCCAUCGGUAAAGUUUCAAUCUUUUCUUCGAAACUGAUUAUGGUAUUUGAUUCUUGCAUUGAUUUUCCAAGUGGCAUCUCUGAUAUUAUAGUUUUUAUCUUUGAAGAUGAAGGCGAAGAGGAAGAAGAUACUUCUUUCGUCUGUUUGUUUAUGGUUCCCUUACCAUUCCAGAAAUGAUUGGAUUUUAAGGUUUGAUUAAUUAAUUGGUGCAAUCAGAAAAUAGAUGAGAGAAAGGAGAGAUCUCGGACCCGUGCUUCUAAAAUAUGGGGUAGCUGUUGCUCUCUCUCUUGGGGGAGUUCUUUAUACCAUUUUGCGAAACAAGGGGAUUAAGCCGUCCAAACGCACCCCUAUAUUGCCUCCGUGUACAGAUUAUGAUCACUCUUUGCAGACUACACCUCGUGCUUGUACUUCUGGUUCUAUGGCAUCCAAGAAACUUGCAGACCUCACAGAAAGAAAGGAUGAUGGGCUGCUCUUGCCAGAGUUCAAUGAGAUUGUGAGGGACUUUAACUUGGCCUCCACCCCAACGACGGGGUUUUCUCCAAGAAAAGAUGUGGAUCUGAAAUACCAAGUUUCGGCAUUGAGGGAUUAUAUAUCUGUUGAAAGGGAUGAACAUGAUGAAGAAGUUAGGAGGUUAAAGGGCAUUGUUAAAACUCUCAAGGAAAGGGAGAGGGCCCUUGAGAUCAAAUUGCUUGAGUUUUACGGCCUUAAGGAGCAAGAAACUGUUGUAAUGGAGCUUCAAAAUAGAAUAAACUUCAACAACAUGGAGACCAAGCUUUUAGCUUUAAAGAUUGAAUCUUUGAAGGCAGAUAAAAAGAGAUUAGAAGCACAAGGGGCUGAGUAUACAAAGGUAGUAUCAGAACUGGAAGCAGCAAGAAUGAAAAUAAAGCAGCUGAAGAAAAAGAUAAGGCAUGAAGCUGAGAAUAGGAAGGAGCAGAUGUGUGCACUUCAGGAAAAGGUUAUGAAGCUUCAUGAUGAGGAAAAGAAGGUUCUUGAAAACUUGCACCAUAAAGAAAAGAAGGUUCUAGAAACAGAGUCAGAAGUUCGUAGAAUGCUUCAAAGGAUAGAGGACUUGGAGUUAGAAGCAGAAGAGUUGAGGGGCUGUAACAAUAGUUUGAGGAUAGAAAAUUCUGAAUUGGCUCAGAGGUUGGAAUAUGUUCAAAUCAUUGCCACUUCUGCUCUUGAUGAAGAAGAGAUGGAUGCAUUAACUGGUGAAGCAGAACGGUUAAGGAAACAAAAUGAAGACAUGGCAAAGGAAAUCGAGCAACUCCAAGCAGACAGGAGUGCAGAUGCCGAAGAGCUGGUCUAUCUCCGUUGGGUAAAUGCCUGCUUGCGCUAUGAGCUAAGAAAAUACCAGUCAGACCCUAGCAAAACAGUUGCAAGGGAUCUUAGUAAGUCAUCAAGUCCCAAUUCAGAGGAGAGAGCUAAACAACUGAUUCUCGAAUAUGCACAUAGAGAAGGCGUGAGCCCGGACUUUAGUUCGGGCUGGUCAUCUUCCCAAGCUUCACUUUUUACCGAGUCCGUUGAGCCUGCUAAUGAUGAUAAUUCAUCAACAACAACCCGCAAGUCGGGGAAAAGAAAAGUUUUUGGCAAGCUAAUGAAGCUAAUGCGCGGGAAGGGCAAGUCGGGAACUUCUUCAUCUGACAGCUCAUUCAGACAAUCUGUUAACAGAUCAAAAAUAGGAAGCUAUCAAGAUGAAGAAGGCAUGUGCAGGAACAAAUCGCCUCAUCAAGAAAGUUUUCAUAAAUCUGAGUUGGAGAAAUAUGCAGAGGUUUUGAAGGAAGGUCGUAGUUAUCUGCCUCCAUCCAGAAGCAGGAGGUCUGCAUCGUUUGGUUCAUUAGCUUAAGGAUGAAGUGAUAAUCUUUAGAUUUAUAGGAUUAGAUUAGGUUAGAACUGUAAAGCUAUUGCUUGUCAAAACUUUUUCAAAGUUAAAUAAUAGGUACCAAUGACUUUACAGGUAUUCAGCAUUUGCAUACUACAAACAGUGAAACCGUUACAUUUAGCUUUUUGAACUAAAAAAACCAAUUUUUUUU